AUGAAGAGCGUCAAAGGCAUCGAGAACCCGGCUUUCGUCCCUUCCAGCCCGGACACUCCGCACCGUUUAUCUGCAUCGCCCUCUCAGGUCGAGGUUUCUGCCUUAUCCUCUGACACGCAGAAAGAGGAUUCGCAGCUGCAGGAGCCUCAGGAGCCCCAGAAGCGUCCGGAGCCACUGGAGCUGUAUCCUUCGGCACCUCCUUCCCAGGAAGGAUCUGAGCCACUUUCGGUAUCAGAGUUUGAGGAGGGGCCGUGCGGUUGGGGGAGUUUCCAUCCGGAAUGUCUCCAGCCCUGCAACUCGCCCCGGGGAUACUUGCUUCACUACUGCCUUUUGGCUUUCACACAAGGUGUUGUAGUAAAUGGCCUAGUAAAUGUUAGCAUUUCUACUAUUGAGAAGCGCUAUGAAAUGAAGAGUUCCCUGACGGGCCUGAUAUCAUCAAGCUAUGAUAUCUCAUUUUGUGUGUUGUCUUUAUUCAUAUCAUUUGUGGGUGAAAGAGGACACAAACCAAGAUGGCUUGCAUUUGCAUCCUUUAUGAUUGGACUGGGAGCACUUGUAUUUUCUUUGCCACAUUUUUUCAGUGGAAAGUAUCAACUGGGGUCCAUUUUUGAAGAUACUUGCUUAGCAGCAAGGGACAGCACGAGGUGUAAUUCUUCAAUGUCUUCACUUUCUAACUACUUGUAUGUCUUCAUCUUGGGACAACUGUUACUGGGAACAGGAGGAACUCCUCUGUAUACCCUAGGAACAGCUUUUAUUGAUGAUUCUGUACCCACACACAAAUCUUCUCUCUAUAUAGGAAUCGGGUUUUCUAUGUCAAUCUUAGGCCCUGCCAUUGGUUAUGUUUUGGGAGGACAACUGCUAACUAUGUAUAUUGAUGCUGCUAAUGGACAAAGUAUUAAUAUCACUGAGGAUGAUCCAAGAUGGCUGGGAGCUUGGUGGAUAGGAUUUCUUUUGACUUGGCUCUUUGCUUGGUGUUUGAUAAUACCUUUUUCUUGCUUCCCAAAACAUUUACCAGGUACAGCAAAAAUUCAAGCUGCAAAAAUUUCCCAGGCUCAUCAGGAUAAAAGUAGUUCUGUACAAGACACGGAUGAGAAUUUUGGAAAAAGCUUUAAAGAUUUUCCAGCUGCUUUAAAGAGUCUGAUUAGGAAUACUGUCUUUAUGUGUUUAGUUUUAUCAACUACUUCAGAAGCCUUAGUUACUACUGGAUUUGCCACAUUUUUACCUAAGUUUAUAGAAAAUCAAUUUGGACUGUCAUCCAGCUUUGCAGCUACGCUUGCAGGGGCUGUUUUAAUUCCUGGAGCUGCUCUUGGUCAGAUAUUAGGUGGUGUCCUUGUUUCAAAGUUCAAAUGGACAUGUAAAAAUGCAAUGAAGUUUUCAUUGUGCACAUCUGCAGUUGCACUUCUGCUGAGUUUUGUGUUUCUUUAUGUCAAAUGUGAAAAUGGGCCCAUUGCUGGUGUGUCAGAAUCAUAUAAUGGGACAGGACAGCUGGGAAAUUUGACAGCUCCUUGUAAUGCCAAUUGCAACUGUUUGCGAUCAUAUUAUUAUCCUCUCUGUGGUGAAGAUGGAGUUCAAUAUUUUUCUCCCUGCUUUGCAGGUUGUAUAAAUUCUGUUUCAAAAAGUCAGCCAAAGACCUAUUACAACUGCUCCUGUAUUGAAAGGAAAACAAAGAUAACAUCUGCUGCAGAAAGUUUUGGUUCUGAAGCUAAACCAGGAAAAUGUGAAACUCAAUGUGCAAAGUUGCCCAUAUUCCUUAGCAUUUUCUUUGUUACUGUUAUUUUUUCCUUUAUGGCUGGUACUCCUAUAACUGUGUCCAUACUUAGGUGUGUUAAUAACAAUCAACGGUCUCUAGCUUUGGGAAUACAGUUUAUGUUUCUCCGAUUAUUGGGCACAAUACCUGGACCAAUUAUAUUUGGUAUGACAAUUGACAGCACAUGUAUUCUGUGGGAUAUUAAUGAAUGUGGAAUUAAAGGAGCUUGCUGGAUUUAUGACAACAUCAAAAUGGCCCAUAUGAUAGUGGCAAUAAGUAUGUGGUAA